UAUCUCAACUCAAAAUUGAUUUUUAUUGGGAUUAAAAAAGUAGUUGCCGCAUUUAUUUUUUUAAGAUAUUUUUGUUUAAAUGUAUAACGAUUGUCUAUAUUAUGUUGUUAUUAAAAAAACUACUAUUCCCGUUAUAAUUGUGGAGCAGGUUAAUUGUACAAAUAGACCUUAGCUUAAAAUGAAUCUAAAUAUAUUGGAAAAUUACACUGUGAAAGUUAAUAAUAGUAUAAGCAUUAACAAAAUGUUUCAAGUCCCUAAGAUAUUUAUGUUAUGAGUUAAAACAAUAUAGAAAACCGAUAUUUUCCGUUUAAAACAUCACAUUUUGUCGAAUUUGAACUUGAAAACUUGAAAAAAAUGUUUUUGUGUCAAAAGUAUCAAUCUUUUAACGAUUGUAUUAUGCCAAACAUAAUUCAUUUCACCAUUAACAUGUCUGAAAACAUACAUAAAUUCGUCACGAAGUUUACUUUACAAACGACUUUCUUACCAAUUUUAUUUACAUUUUCAAUCGAAUUCUUGAUAUUCGAAAUUUCAAAUGUAAUUUUGAUAGGUUUAGGGAUUUCCAAAAAGAGAUUAAAAAUCGUUUUCGAAUAAACCUUACGACGAAUUCAAAUAUUAUGCUCUCAGAAGUGUUAUCCGACGAAUAGGAUAAUCAGUAAAGGUACAGUAAAAUAUGUUGGUAUAAGUUAGGUAUGUUUUUCUCCCAUGCAGUGGCUAAAAAUGUUGGUGGGUGGAAGGGAAAGGUAAUUUUUUGUUGAAUACAUGGACGGGAUCCCUUUGAAAAAAAUACCGUCAUAUUAUGGAGUUGAAACGCUAAUAGUUCGCAUCAAAUAUUUUGUGAGAUUCGGUAACGUAGAGCUGAUGGUAUACGCCGUAUGCGAAUAACGUAAAUGCACUUGACCAAUUCAACAUACUGAUUUUCAUACCUCCACGUUGGUUUUUAUUUAAAAUCUAUAUAUAAUAUUUAUUAUAAAAAAAACCUUACAAAAUCAUUCAUUUUCAAAUGUAUUCUUAUUAGUUUACAGUAGAUUGUUAAGACCGCACGUUUCCUAUAUAUUAUUUAUUAACACAUUUUUUUUGUAAUUUUUUUUACUUAGGUACAUAUAGGUAAGGAUAUUAUAACCGCGGAAAAAUUUAAUUUAUUAGUGUCCUUCUCAGUGGCGUAUUUAGGUUUUUGUCAUGGAGGGGGGAUAUGAUUUUUAUCCAGUAGUACCGCUUUUAAAUCUAGAGGCUUUAAGUUAGGACUCCGAAAAAUGUUGCAUACUAUAUACAGCCUAUGGGGGAUUGAUCCCUUUGUCCCCCCUGUAUAUAUGCCACUGGUCCUUCUGAAAGAAUAAUUAGUUUUAUCUGAAGUUGAUCUAAAACAGAAAAAAUGACUUCGGGACUAUUUUAAAGUCCAAAAAUUUAAAAGUAGUAACAAAAAAAAUAUAUAUAUUCUGAAAUAAAUACGUUCUUUUUAAAUAGCACAAUAAACUGGUGAGUAAUUGAAUUUAAAAAAAAAUGGCCAAUAAAUAAACGUAGAUUUAAAUAUUAUAAUUAGCGGUGAGUUUCAAAGAAAUAAUUUACAUGAUUUGCGAUUGCGUUCAAUCGUGAUAAGAAAUCGGCGCCUUUUAGUAUAUGACCUACGUUUAUAGGUUAUUGUAUAAUCAUAUUCGGUUAAUAAAUAUUGUACUUACAAUGAUAUUGAAAUGAAACAUAAAAUGAUUUUUUUUUUAGUUUAUCUGCUAUAAGAUGGUAAAAUUUUACGACAGUAAAGAUAAGAAGAAAAAUAAUUAACUAUACCUAUAUACAAUAUAUUGCUAAUAUUUUUUUUCUGAUGGAUUUUGCGUAGGUACCUAGUAAUUUAUAUCUGCUUGUUUUAUAUUACGUUCUACUUGUGUAUGCUAUUUGUUUGUUAAUUGAUUUAACUGUUUAAAAAAUUGUUACAUAUUAUGUGCGUUCUAUUAUAUUUUCCAUUCGUUGGUAAUUAAAUAUAAUAUUAUACAAGCUACACAAAGUUAUCACUCAUCCAAGAUAAAUAAAUCAAUAAAAGCCACGGGUUGUGAGCCACAUUUUAAUGUGAAGAUGUAGAAUAAGUAUAUGUUCGAAGUUCAAAUAUUUUGAAAACAAUAAACAGACAAAUGCACGCUGUAAUUUAAAAUUCUUCAACACAAUCGUAUAUGCCAUUUGAAUCAAUUGAGGUUCAGCUUAUCUGUUUCAUAUUAUUUGAGGUACGUUGUUCAAUAUUCAGAAUUGUGUUAACUACCGCAAAGGCCAUAUGUAUCCAUCAUCGUCGUCCGCCACCGAUUGGUGGAUAUACAUCGUCACGCCGUGUUUGGUCGCGGUGACGAUCACUUAUUAUUUUUGCAUUUCAACGUUCAAUAAAUGGGAAAAACUCAACGUGCCCUACAUCAAGCCGAUUCCGUUGUUCGGAAACUUUUUGAAAGUAGCCUUGGCGAAAGACCACCCGUUGGAGUUUUACGAUAAAAUCUAUUACAAGUUUUCCGGUCUGAAAUACGGUGGAUUAUUCCAGAUGAGGACACCAUAUUUGAUGGUUCGUGAUCCAGAAAUAAUCAACAACAUGCUAAUAAAAGACUUCUCUUCUUUCCCCAACCGCGGUAUUUACUCGGACUUAGCGGCGAAUCCACUGUCGGACAACUUAUUCUUCAUGGAAAAUCCUCGAUGGAAAACAAUAAGAAGCAAAUUGACCCCCGCAUUCACAUCGGGAAAGCUCAAGAUAAUGUAUGAUCAGAUCAAAGAGUGCGGCGAUAAAUUGAUGAAAAACAUCGAUAACGACUUAAAGGGUAAAAACGAUGAAAUAGAAGUAAGAGACAUCAUGGGAAAGUAUUCAACCGACGUUAUUGGCACUUGCGCUUUUGGGCUUAAGUUAAACUCCAUAAGCGAUGAUGAAUCCCCAUUUCGUAAGUACGGAAAAUCGAUAUUCAUACCUUCACUAAGGACGCUCUUCAGAGAAUUGUGCUUGAUGGUCAGCCCCGCACUUUUGAAAGUUGUAAGAGUGAAGGAUUUCCCUACGGACGCGACUGCCUUUUUUAACGCAGCGUUUAAAGAAACGAUAACGUAUAGACUUGAAAAUAAAAUAGUCAGAAAUGACUUCGUUAAUUGUUUGAUGCAAGCAAGAAAUGAUUUGACUUUGAAUACAAAUUUACCUAAACAUGAACGAUUUUCAGAAUCACAAAUUGUAGCAAAUGCUUUUGUCAUGUUUGCUGCUGGGUUUGAAACGACGUCAACCACUUUAAGUUAUUGCUUAUAUGAAUUAGCAUUGAAUAUACAUAUUCAAGACAAAGUACGACAAGAGAUUCAGUUAAAAUUAUCCAAAAGUGAUGGACAAAUCGACAACGAGUUUUUGAUGGGUCUUAAUUACUUGGAUAUGGUCAUUGCGGAAACGCUACGUAAGUACCCUCCUUUAAUUGCUUUGUUCAGAAAAGCAUCACAAACAUACCGUUUACCUGACAACCUAAUACUGGAAAAAGGCCAAAAAAUUGUAAUUCCAAUUUAUUCGAUUCAUUUCGAUAGUAAAUAUUUUGAGGAUCCUCUAAAAUUCAAUCCCGAAAGAUUUUCAUCUGAGGAAAGAGCUAAACGUCCUAAUUGUGUUUAUCUUCCGUUUGGCGAUGGACCUAGAACUUGUAUAGGAAAACGUUUUGCUGAACUGGAAAUGAAAUUGGCAUUAGUCGAAAUGUUAACCAAAUUUGAAGUUUUACCAUGUGGAAAAACAGAAGUACCACUGAAAUAUUCUAAUAAAGCUUUAACGUUGAUGCCAAAACAUGGAAUUUGGUUAAGAUUUAAAAAAAUUGUUUAAUUUUAGUUAAGGAUUGUAUUUGUAUUAGUUAUGUAUAUGAACAAAAAAAAAUUGAUAGUUACCCUGAG